GUUGUUUCUCAUCACUGGACAGGUACAAGGAAACGAUUUGUUUUCACCUAUUCACCUGAGGGUUUAAUUACAAGUGGCAACAGAUUUAUAUGCCAAAGACCAAAACAAAUCAACAGGCUCUGUAUCCGGCUUGGUCGAGUAUAAAUGUGACCACCACAUCGAACUGCGUCAGUCUGUGAUGAUGGGGGUCUCAGUCACCAAAUACGUCGUCGUUCUCGCUAUCUGCACAGUGGUACUGUCAGCCGUACAGUCGAAGCUUGCCCCACAAGGAUAUCUAUGCUGGAAACACAAAUGUCCAAAAGGCUACGUGUGUAAAGUAACGCCGAUCCAGUGUUUCAGAGCGCCGUGUCCGUCCGGCCUUCCCACCUGCAUCAAACGCAUAGUGACUCAUCCUGGAAAAUGUCCUAAGCUAGUGCCAGGACGAAUUGGAAUAUGUCUUGCUCGGUGUUCCUCGGACGCCGAGUGUGGUAUAGGCCAGAAGUGUUGUGGUAACUGUCCACGUCAGUGUACCAACGUCAGCGUAGUCGUGAAGCCUGGACGCUGUCCGUUUAACCUCGACCUACCCUGGUCAGGGUCAAGGUCAAGGUUUCGAAGAUGUGGACGACCCUGCAGCUUUGAUCGGGAUUGCUCAGGAGAUUUGAAAUGUUGUAAUGCAGGAUCUUGUGGGAAAAUGUGCCUGCCGCCCUCAAGAAUAUAUUCAAACAAAGAUCUCACGUUCUGAAAUCACUGAAAAACGCUACAGUGAAUAAAGUGGUGUAAACACAGUGAGAAAAUAAGCGGGUCUCUCUACUCUCUGUCUCUCUCUCUCUGUGUGUGUAUGUCUUUCUCCGAAAUAUAGUGAUCGUAACUACGGAUGUACAUUUGUCAACAGGAUGUAUAUUUUGUGUUGAGAAUAAAGUAUUCCACUAAUUUAAAUAUUGACAAAUUGUAUUAUUGUUGAAUAAAGUGGUUGAACCCA